UGAAAAAACCUAGACGGACUACGAGACUCAAGGCGACUAUAAAACGGCUUUCUUGCCCAUUGUGUUGAUGCAGACAAGAAAUAUACCGUUACGUACAAUAAGAGACGGAGAUGGAGGAGUGAGGCGGGACCGGUUCGCGUGGCUCAUAAGAAACGUUUGUCUUGCAAGGAAACUUUGUGGAAAGAGCGCAGGGAGAUUUAUUUAUGCCGGUGACAUCCCUCUAAAACAAACUCUUGUGUUUGAGACGCGGCACAUAUAUUAUUUUAAUGCUCAGGAAAUUCGCAAUUCAUAAAUUAGUCUUGUAAGACGUACAUCUCUCCUAAAGACGUGUAUACAUUUUUUAAAUAAGCGGGACAGUAUUUCGCUGACUGUAUUCACGGCUGAAAUGGGAGCGUGUGACGGGCGCGCCGUGUCCUCGGUGUACCGGAGGUCUUUCCUCUCGUGGACGCCGCUGGUGCUGGUCCUGUGGCUGACGUGCGUUCAGGGGACGUGGGGACCCGGGGCUUUCAAGUACCAGAUACUCCACAAAGACACGUCGAAAAGGAACUGGUGUCCGCAAACGGUCUCAAAGACAGUGACGUGUCAGGUGCAGAAUGGAACCACUCUUCAGAGAGUCUACCAGACCUGCAGGUGGCCUCAGGGAUGCAACGGGGGAAGCUACCGCACUGUGGUUCGUCCGUCCUAUAAAGUUGUUUACCGCACCGUCACCUCUCUGGAGUGGAAAUGUUGUCCUGGAUAUAGCGGAUCUCAGUGUGAGGAAGGGUCUUCAAGUAACCUGGUUGCUCAGGAAGCAGUACGGAAACAUGCCUUAGUUCUGAAACCUGUUGGGAGAACAUCAGAGCAGCUCUCUAACUGUCUGAACUGCAGUCGUAUCACCGCCCUCACAGAUCGCGUCAGCUCUCUGGAGGCAAAGGUUCAGCUUCUUACUGCCCCUGCCUCAACCUCUGAUAAAAACACACAGACCAAAAAUGAAGCGGACUCCUUGUCCCUUAUGGGAGCAGUACCUGCCAAAGGCGCUCCUGGGGCUCAGGGUCCUGCAGGUCCUCAGGGUGAGACAGGCAAGGAUGGGAUAACUGGUAAAGAUGGUAAACCAGGAUCUCGAGGUCUACCAGGGCCAAAAGGUGAAGCGGGUUCCAGGGGUCCAUCUGGGGCUCCAGGGGCUAAAGGAACAACAGGUCCUUCAGGUCCGCAGGGACCACAGGGCCUCCCAGGAGAGAGGGGCCUUCCUGGGCCACCCGGCCCUCCCGGAACCCCCGGACCUCUAGCCUCUGUACCAGAACAAGAUGCUGGCCUGAAAAAGGAAAGUCUUCUCCAUAACAACUUCCCUGACCUCCGAGUGACCCCUCCACACGGUCCACCAGGUCCACCUGGACCCACAGGACCUCCAGGACCAAUGGGACCCACUGGACCACCAGGAGCUGUCGGACAGACUGGAAAGCCCGGAGCUUCUGGCUUGCAAGGCCCGGUGGGUCCAAAGGGAGAACGGGGAGAGAGAGGACCUCUUGGAUAUCCAGGAGAGAGAGGGUUUAAAGGGGAGCCGGGAGAACCAGGACCUAAAGGAGAGCCAGGGGAGAAAGGUCUUCCGGACUUAAAUUUGAAGAAGUUCCAAGACUUGCAGGCUGAUUUAGAGCUGCUGGCUCGCAGGGUGCAGCUGCUGGAGGCGAUCAUCUGGCCAGGUAAUGCCCUCCUUCCCUUGCCUAGCGAGUCAGUGUCCUGCCAUCUACUGGCCAACUCUAAGACCAAAUUUACAAAGACUCCAAACCCCAUUCAGGACCAGACUCCAGCAGUAUUUCCAAAUGCUCUUAUUAGUUGUUUUUCUUUGUUAGGCUAAACAACUACACAAGUAUUUAUAUCAUAUAACUUCAUAUGACUGAGGAUCCUUUGAAGGGCCAGUUCACCCAAAAAUACAAAUUCUGUCUUCAUUUAAUCAACCUCGAGUUGUUCCAAAUCUGUAUACGUUUCGUUGUUCUGAUAAACACAGAGAAAGAUAUUUGGAAGAAUGCUUGUAACCACACAGUUGACUACCAUAGUAGGAAAAAUUACAAUGGUAAUCAAAAGUGCCCCAGAACGGUUUGCUGUCCUACAUUUUUCAAAAUAUCUAAUUUUGUGUUCAACAAAACAGAGACAAUUAUAAAACAAUUUUUCAUACUAUGGUGGUCAAUGAGCCAAGAGCUGUUUGGUUACAAGCCUUCUUCCGGAUUUGCAACAACUUGAGGGUGAAUAAAUGAUGACAGAAUUUUUUAUUUCAUUCUAAACCAAAACACAAAAAAAGUGAUUUUGGAUAACAUUGGUAACAAAACAACACUGGCCCCCAUUGACUUCCAUUAUAUGGAACCACUGAGACAUUUCCACAGAAGAAAGAGUCAUAUAAAGGUUUUGAACAACUUGAGGGUGAAUAACUGACGACGGAAUUUAGAUUUUUGGUUGAACUAUCCCUUUCAAAAUGUACAGAGUUAAUGGACUGUCAUUUAUCUGUUGCCUGUGACUAUACGAAGGCAUCAUAAAGUAGCCUCAACUCUCUUUUCUUCCAACAGAACCAGAUCUAGGGUCAGGAGAUGGUCUAUUUGGCACACCGUCUCCAGACAUCUAUCGGAUUAAAAGGGCCAGGAUGUCAUCCUUCCGGGUCAACUCGCCCUUAAUCACUGCUGAGGC